AUGAGGCUCCAGACCAGGCCUGGUCAGCUGGGUGGGUGUACAAUGAGGCUGCUGAUCUUCCUGGGCCUGCUGUGGGGCUCAGCAGCUGCACCCCCGGGCCCACAGUGGCCUGAGCCUGUGUUCGGGCGCCUGGCGUCUCCUGGCUUCCCCGGGGAAUAUGGCAACAACCAGAACCAGCACUGGACCCUGCGCGCACCCCCCGGCUACCGCCUGCGCCUCUACUUCACCCACUUCCACCUGGAGCUCUCCUACCUCUGCGAGUAUGACUUUGUCAAGCUGAGCUCAGGGACCAAGGUGCUGGCCACGCUGUGUGGGCAGGAGAGCACGGACACGGAGCGGGCCCCCGGCAACGACACCUUCUACUCGCCGGCCUCCAGCCUGGACGUCACCUUCCACUCUGACUACUCCAACGAGAAGCCCUUCACGGGCUUUGAGGCCUUCUAUGCGGCAGAGGACAUUGACGAGUGCCAGGUGCCCCCAGGGGAGGCACCCCCUUGCGACCACCACUGCCACAACUACCUGGGGGGCUUCUACUGCUCGUGCCGCGCGGGCUACGUUCUCCACCGCAACAAACGCACCUGCUCAGCCCUGUGUUCAGGUCAGGUCUUCACCAGCCGGUCGGGGGUGCUCAGUAGCCCCGAAUACCCGCAGCCGUACCCCAAACUGUCCAGCUGCACAUACAGUAUCCACCUGGAGGAGGGGUUCAGUGUCAUCCUGGACUUUGUGGGGUCCUUCGACGUGGAGACGCACCCUGAAACCCAGUGCCCCUACGACUCCCUCAAGAUUCGAACCAACAAAGAGGAGUAUGGCCCGCUUUGCGGGACGACGUUGCCCAGUAGGAUUGAAACGAAAAGCAACACCGUGACAGUCACCUUUGUCACCGAUCAGUCGGGGGACCACACGGGCUGGAAGAUCCACUACACCAGCACAGCUCGGCCUUGCCCUGAUCCGGUGGCGCCACCUAACGGCCGCCUCAUGCCCGUGCAAGCCCAGAACGUCCUGAAAGACCACUUCACCGUCUCCUGCGACACUGGGUACGAGCUUAUGAAAGGUCAUCUGCCCCUCAAAUCAUUUGCUUCCGUGUGUCAGAAAGAUGGAUCUUGGGACCAGCCGAUGCCACAGUGCAGCAUCGUGGACUGCGGCCCACCCGAGGAUCUACCCAACGGCCAAGUGCAGUACAUCACAGGUCCUGAAGUGACCACGUACAAGGCGGAGAUUCAGUACCGCUGUAACGAGAUCUUCUACACAAUGAGAACGAACGACGGUAAAUAUGUGUGUGAGGCUGAUGGAUUCUGGACGAGCUCCAAAGGAGAAAAAUCGCUCCCAGCCUGUGAGCCUGUUUGUGGAAUAUCAACUCGUACCGUAAGAGGACGUAUAUACGGAGGGCAAGCCGCAAAGCCUGGUGACUUUCCCUGGCAAGUCCUAUUAUUAGGUCGAACGACAGCAGCGGGAGCACUCCUACGAGACAACUGGAUCCUAACAGCCGCCCACGCUGUAUACGAGCAAAAAGAAGAGGCCUCCUCCUUAGACAUCAGAAUGGGGACCCUGAAGAGACUGUCGGCUCAUUAUACAGAAGCCUGGGCCGAGGCCAUUUUUAUACAUGAAGGUUAUACUCAUGACGCUGGUUUCGAUAACGACAUAGCACUGAUUAAGUUGAAGAACAGAGUCGUAAUCAACAGCAACGUCCUGCCUAUCUGUUUGCCAAGAAGCGAAGCUGAAUCCUUCAUGAGGACAGAUGACGUGGGAACCGCAUCUGGUUGGGGACUCACCCAAAGGGGUUUUCUCGCCAGAAGUCUAAUGUUUGUUGACGUACCAAUUGUCGAUCAGCAGAAAUGCGCUGCUGCAUAUGAAAAGCAGUCCUAUCCGGGGGCCAGGGUGACAGAGAACAUGCUUUGCGCCGGCUUAGAAGGCGGAGGCAAGGACAGCUGCAGAGGGGACAGUGGAGGGGCCUUAGUGUUUCUAGAUAACGAGACACAGAGAUGGUUUGUAGGAGGAAUAGUGUCCUGGGGUUCCGUGAAUUGUGGGGAAGCAAAGCGGUACGGGGUCUACACCAAAGUUACAAACUAUAUUCCCUGGAUCGAGAACAUAAUUAAUAACUUUUAAUUUGUCUGUC